AUGUCGUCCGAGCCGUCAGCGCCCGCGCAGGGCUCCGACCCCGGCCCGGCGCCGAUGGCCCAACCUCCGCAGCAGCCUCACCACCACCUCGCGCAACAACAGCCGCAGCAGCUGCCGCACCAGCCGGACCUGGCGGCCAUGAAGCUGACCCGUGGCACGAGUUGUGUGCUCUGCCAACAGCGCAAGGUCCGCUGCGACAAGAACAAGCCGUGCGCAAACUGCGUCAAGGCUGGCGUUGAAUGCAAAGUCGUCCCUCCCGCUCCUCCACGCCGGCGCAAGAAGCGCCUCCAAGAGAAGGAUCUCAUUGAUCGACUCAAGAAGUAUGAGACGUUACUGAGUGAGCACGGAGUCAAGUUCGACGCCAUUGGCCAGGACUUGCGGAGCGACGGGGUGCAGAUGGACGACGUCGAAGAGCUCGAGAAUGACUUUGAGGGUCUCAAGACGUCGCCAGAAGCCAGUGCGUCUCCGUCGGCGACGCCCAACCACGAAAAGACGGCCGGUGCCUGGUUCUCUCUCCACAAAGAAUUCCGAGCAAGUGAGCAGCUUCUCCACGACUCCUCCGAUGACGAGGUUCCUGGAGUCCAGGGGUCGACCAUCCAUCGCGCCUUUGACCAAAUGUUUAGCGACUCAGAUGGAUUCCCCUUCAUCAACCCGGCGAGGAAAGAAUCCGUCACCGACGACCAUCCCUCCACUAUCCGCAUAUUCCAGCUGUGGCAAAUAUACAUCGACAAUAUCAACCCACUGCUCAAGAUUACCCAUGUGCCGACCGUCCAGGGCCAAAUCAUAGAGGCCACCUCGCAACUGGAAAAGGCGCCCAAGAACACCGAAUGCCUCAUGUUUGCCAUCUAUGUCAUGGCCAUCACAUCACUUGAGGAAGCCGAGGUCCAACGAAUGUUUGGCGAGCCGAAAAAGGAACUCCUCGGCCGGUACUUCUCGGCCCUGCAACAAGCGCUACUAAAUGCGGGCUUCAUGCGGAACCACGAUUUCUACUCUCUCCAGGCAUACGUGCUUUACCUGUUUGCCGUGAGGUGGUUCGUAGACCCACGCCAGGUGUUCUGCUUAACUGGCAUCGCUGUGCGCAUUGCACAACGCAUGGGUCUUCACCGGGACCCUGGGGGCUUCGGCCUCCCUCCGUUUGAAGUUGAGCAGCGGCGACGACUCUGGUGGACCAUUGUGGGAUAUGACCGGCGGAUAGGGGAAAUGACUGGCUCGACCGUCACAGCCCUGUCUACCGGCGGCGACUGCAAGAUGCCUCUUAACGUCAACGAUUCGGACCUCCACGUUGAGGGCAAGGAGAUGCCAACGCCGCACAGCGGGCCAACCGAGAUGCUGUUUGCCCUCACUCGGAAUGAAAUCGCUAUGGCAGUCGCCAGCAAUAGCAACCGCGAUAGCUACAAAAUGCACAAUCCCGACAAAGGGAGUCCAGCAUCGUCGCAAGCAUGCGGUGCUAAGUCUCAACCCGCCACCAUCCGAAUCGUCGGCCAAGACUCACCGGCUUACACGCUCGACGGUUUCUGCGCCCACAUGGAGGGUACCUACCUCUCCCAAUGCGACCACAAGAUUCCCCUGCACUUUUUCACCUUGACCAUGACACGGCAGAGCCUAUGCAAGAUGCGGAUCAUCGGCUUCCUGGUUCGCAUGCACAAUGCGGAGGCGAUGCCAAUCAAGGAGAUUGAACGGGACUCCCUGUUUCUUCAAGCAACGCAGAUGAUUGAGUACGACAACGUCGUUCAGUCAUCCGAGAGUUUGAAGCCAUUCAGGUGGUACUCGAUGCACCACUUCCCCUUCCCAGCCUACAUGUUUCUAGUGCAAGAGCUUCGGCAUCGCGUGAGCGGCCCCAUGGUAGAGCGGGCGUGGGAGGCGAUCGGUACCAAUCACGAUCUCAGGGGCCUUAUGAAUAACCUGCACAGUCCUAUGCAUACAGCCUUUGGCAAUCUGUUUUGCAAGGCUUGGGAUGCCCAUGAGACGUCCCAGCGACAAAACGGAAAACAGGCACAGGCGCCUCGAUUCAUCAACGUCCUGCGCGAACGCACGGAGAAGAGGCGGCAGGCCCGCACGGAGAACCGCAAAGACCCGAGCCUGCACCAAGCACCCAUAGACUUCCCGCGGUCUCGAGGCACCGACCAUUCUACCCCGAACAGUGCCUCUGGGAAUCCAGCGAUGAUGACUCCCCCGUCGGUGGAUCAGUCCAUGACGGGCACUGGUCCUCUUCCGCCGUUGCCGCCCGGCUCUGCACAGGUGCAUGACACGAACGACAUGGAUUGGUCAUAUCUCGUGGCCGGCUACCAAGACAUGGGAUCGUUGCAGGGAUUCAACAAUUUUGCUGGAUUCGGGAAUAUGGGAGGGGGCAUGGGUGGUAUGGGGCCCCCUGGCGGAGGAAAUAACAUGUACGGUACGUAG